AUGCAGCUUCAGCUGCGUCCGAUAUGUGUGAACGCUCCUCUAUCUGCGGCGCGGGCCGCUGCUGGCUCGCGACUGCCUCUGCCAUGUACACAACGCCGCGCUUCGCCGUUAGCCGCAAAGUCCGCCGUGGACGCUCAAGUCGUGGAGGCCACAGAGGCUUUGGAGCCGGUGAUGGAGGACGCUGCAGUUGACGUACAGGACGCUCAAAUCGCCGAGGUUUCGGAGCGGGAAAUGCUGCUUGCUGGCGACGAUGGGAACGCCCACUUUAGCACAGCACUGGCCGCUGCUGUUGAAGUGGUCGGGGCACCGGCGGAGGCGGCUGCGGCGGUGACGGCGGCGGAGGGGGCAGCAGCUAGGGAGGCGGAAGGGCAUGCAGCGGAGGCGGCUCCUCCUCCUACUACUACUACGCCGCCGCCGCCGCCGCCGCUGCGGCGCGCGCCAGUGGUGGACUUACCACUGGCAGCGCUGAUCAGUCAAAGCUCGACCCGGCCCCCGCGGCCCUUCCCACCCCCCCUGGACCUCCCCCGCCUCCGGGAGGCCCUCCUCGGGGAGCCCACCAUAGGGCCCAUCUUUAACAACCUCUUCGAACUCAGCCGCCGCCGCCAGGUCGCCGCCGCUGCCGACAGCACCACCACCACCGUCGCCGCCGCCGCCGCCGCCGCCGCUGACCCCAGCUCCGUUGGACCGCUGCUGUACACCCCCCACUUCCCCCGGGCCGCCCGCUCCCCGCCCGCAUCCUCCCUCCCCCUGCUGGUGUACCUGCCGGGUAUCGACGGCACGGGUCUGGCGGCGUAUCGGCAGUUCCCCGGGCUGUCCACACGGUUCGACCUGCGUGCUGUGUUUUUACCCCCGGAGGACCGCACCCCCUUCCACGGGCUGGUGGACUCACUGGCCCAGCAGCUGGAGGAUGAGGUGGCCCCCCUGGACCCCUCCCGCCCUGUGUAUCUGCUGGGCGAGUCGUUUGGGGCCAUAUUGGCGAUAGAGCUGGCCAGGAGGCUGAGCUGCGUUGACCGGCUGGUCCUGGUCAACCCCGCGACCUCCUUCGACCGCAGCCCCUGGCCCUCCCUGGGGCCCCUCCUACCCGCCCUGCCGCCGGAAGUGUACGGCAUGCUGCCGCUGGCUCUCAGCCCGCUGCUGGCUAACCCGCUGGCUAUGGCCGCGUGGAAUGUGUCGCCGACCGACCCGCCGCCGCAACAAGCCGUGGAUGUACUGUAUGGCCUUCUGGACCUCUUCCCCGAGCUGUCCAGUCUCCGAGUGGCGCUGCCCCCCGACACCCUGAGGUGGCGACUGGAGCUGCUGAGGAGCGGUGCGGAGGCGGCGAACUCCGGGCUGGGGAAGGGGGGUGAGGCGGCGCUGCUGUACCCGGGGGGUGUGAGAGAGGCCUUGAAGCUGCGGGACGAGCAGUACCAAUUGAUUUGGCCACGUCGAGCUGAGUUCGUACGCAUGGCUGUCAAGCUGGGUGCAACCAUCGUCCCCUUCGCCGCCGUGGGUGCGGAGGAGGGUGUGGAGCUGCUUCUGGACCGCCGGGAGCUGCUGGGGUUGCCGGGACUGGGCGAGUGGCUCAGGGGGCAGCAGGAGGGAGUGACCAAGGCCCGACGCGGCGUGUCGGUUUCGGAGGACGUGGAGGAAUCCUUUAUCCCCCCUUUGGUGGCCCCUAAGGCCCCCGCCCGCUUCUACUUCCGGUUCGCAGCUCCCAUCCACACCGACCCACGGGACGCUGAGGACCGCCAAGCCAUGUCUCAGCUGUACAACAGGGUACGGUCCGAGGUUGAGGGCUGUCUGGGCUACUUGUUGCGGAAGCGCGAGCAGGACCCGUAUAAGGACCUGCUGCCCCGGCUGCUGUACGAGUCAAGCUGGGGAGGCAGGCGGCAGGCACCCACAUUCAAACCAUGAAGGAGGGGAAGAUGGGCCAGGAAGAUAAGAGAGGGGCAGAGCUAGAAAGGGCGGCGGGGCGGUGGGGUAGGUGGGGCAGGUGGAGGGUUUUGGAGCGCUUGCAAGAGUGUUAAUGAGUCACACAGGGUAGGUGUGUAGAGGGGUUCGCAGGAGGCGGGAUGAGAUCGGUAGCGCUGUGGAUGUGUGUCUGUGUGAAACAAGAGGAAGGAGAGUCACAGAGGACUGAGCUGCGGGUUUGCUGGUUUCGUUUAGUUGGCCGCUGCUGUUAGCUAGGGAUAAUUUUUUGUUGUUUGGUUCUGUACAUGUGUGACAGUACUGGAAAUCUAGAUGGCGCCGGAAGAAGCCCGGUGCGAGUAAACAGGCUGAACAGAGGGUUGCAGAGAUGGGGGAUUGGGGGCAGGUACUGGUCAGGCGGGAUGGGGAAUAGGGUUGACGACGUCAGGAUGGGAUGUGGGGCUCAGGGUGAGGAUUAGGGAUUAGGCGUGCUACACUACUUUUGGGAUGGGGAUUGCUGUCGGGGGUGAGGAUGGGGAUGGGAUCCCUGUCUGAGGGAUGGGGAUUGCAACCUUGACCAAGGAGGGGAUUGGGAGCCCUGGCCAGGGAUGGGGAUGGGACCCUGGUCGACAGGACGGGGAUUGCAGGCUUUCGCAAGUUUAGGAUGAGGUCGCUGCCAUAGGAUUGGGAACACAGUUGGAGGAUUAGAAUUGGGUGUUCUGCUGUAAAAUGAGGCUGCAGG